CAGAAAUUUAGCUACCUCGGCAUUACCAAGAAGGAGAUCCGCGGUCAAUCAGUUCAGAAAUUUAGCUACCUCGGCAUUACCAAGAAGAAUAUCCGCAAUCAACCAGCUCGAAAAUUUAGCUACAUCGGCUUUUCAGUUCCGGUCUCAAAUCGGCAUUAUUAUGAGAGUUAUUUUGUAACUGCGGUUGCAAUUAAUACAAAAAUCUCUAUUUUCCAUUAGAAGUUUAAUUUUUGUGUUGGAUAUCUAGCAUCAAAUGAUGGUCACCAAAAAAAUGAUGGCAUAGUGUUCCAAGUGUUGUCAGAAAAAUCACUGGGUUAAUUAAAAAGCUAGGAAAGUCAUAUGGACAGGAUCAGUUUGUUGCCCGAUGAGUGUCUGUUGCAGAUACUUUCAUCACUUACCACAAAAAAUGUCUUGCAGACAAGUUUAUUGUCGAAACGAUGGCGGAAUCUUUGGAAGUUUGUUCAUAAACUCGAGUACAUUUAUUGUGAUGAGAAUGUUGAUCAUGGGAGAUUUAUGCGGUUUGUGGACAGGUCUUUGCUAGUAAACAAGGCUCCAGUCUUAGAGAGGUUGUGUUUUAUGUUUUUUGGCCACCGCAAUGACUUUGAUAUCGGAUUUUGGGUUAGAACUGCAGUGGAACGAGGUUUAAGUGAUUUCGAGUAUUUUCCUCCCCUUUUUAAUAAUGAGGCUAAAAGUUUACCACAAAGCUUGUUUACCUGCGGAACACUUGUGGUACUUAAACUCACCAAUGUAUCACUUAAGGAUGUUAAAUUCCCGGUUAGUUUCCCGGUCCUCAAAACAUUGCACCUUUGUUGGGUGAUUUACUUAGACAAUGAGUCCACUAAGAAGUUUUUAUCAAGCUGCCAAAUUCUUGAAGUCUUGGUCGUGGAGCGACAUUAUAAAGACAAUGUAGAAAACUUUUCUAUUACGGUGCCUUCACUACAAAAGUUAGUAUAUUCUAAUAGAGCUUCUAGUAAAGGUUUGUUUGCGUUGAACGCUCCUUCUUUGAAGACCUUGGAGAUUUUUGAUGUCGAUUACGAGUGUAUUAUUGAGAAAUUCCCUGAGAUCGUGGUUGCAAAUGUGGAGGUUAUCUAUUGGAACACCGACAAUAUCCUCGGUUCUCUUACAUCACUCAAACACCUCUCUCUAUGUUUACCCUCAAAGUCGCGGUUUCCUACUGGCAAAAUAUUCCAUCAGCUCGUAAGCUUAGAGUUUUGUUGCACAUGUGAUACAACAUGGGCUCUACUCAUGUCUCUUUUCAAACAUUCUCCAAAACUACGAGCUCUCAAACUCAAUGAGAGACAUUGCUGCAAAGAUACUAAAGAAGCGAAAUAUUAUUGGGAUGAGCCAAUAUCUGUUCCUGAAAACUUGAUGCUCGGACUUGAAACACUGGAGUGGAGAAACUACAGAGGAUGGUAUUCAGAGAGAAAACUCGUGACGUUUCUAUUGGAACAUUCAAGGGGUUUAAAGAGAGCGAGUUUCACACCGGUAGCCACCACUUUGAAGAAGAAAUCUCGGAUGCUCAAACAGUCGGGAGUUUUGUUUAGAGAUUCAACAUGUCAGUUUUUCUUUGGCUGAAAAAGUCUGAAACCCGUCAGGGAUGAUCCUUCUUAACUAGUUUUGUUGCAUGAACUCUUUC